AUGAACAGACACCUUCUCACAGCCACUGCCGUUCUCUUCGUUUAUUCAUGUAGAGAUGAUGUGAUACAGUACGUGCAUCACAUCGAGGACAAAUUUCUUCCACUGAAUCCUCUUGACUUAGCAUUAUUUGAAGAUUUACAAGAAGUAGAACAUGGGUUCCUUCUAAAAGAGAGUGAUCCUGCUUACUCGAAUUGUUCUAAAUGGAAAGCGCACGCGAAUGGGAGUAUUGGUGAAGGUUGGAGCAAAUCUGUCUACUCCCUAUCCGGAAGUACUGUAAUUAAAUGCCCCAAUCUCGAAGGACAAACAUUCCAAAAUUGUUUCCACGCAAAUUUUGGAGAGGAAGACUGGGAAUCACGCUGUCGACUUGAACUAUUACGGAGAUUUCUCAGCGAAAUCAAAAUGCUUCUCCGGCUACAAAACAGUCCUUAUGUGAUAAAGCUGGUCUCCUAUUGCAUUCCACGAGAUCCAGUAAGAAAUCUUGAACACGUGAAUAUAGUAACCGAGAAAGGCACACCGCUAGACAUACUCUCACUACUACAGCUGUCUUUAUUGCAAAGGAAUCACCUUUUCAAUUCAUUGCUCUCGUUUUUCAUUGAGAAUCCAACUCUACGACUUCAAGAUUUCAGAAGACAGCAGCUGGUCAUGGUGGGCGAUCAAGUGAAAAUAGUGGACUUUGAUGAAGCGUACUUCACCGAAGAUUUCACAACGGAUCAAUAUCAUUCACUAAUCAGAAGGAAACUGUUUUCGGAACUACUUGUGAACCAUGCAAACCCGGUUGUCUACCGGGAAUACAAGAUACUACACAAAUCCUUCGAGACGUUCAAUGUCAGAAAAAUGUCACAGGUAGCAAUGCUGGAGAGAUUUAUGGAGGUUCAAUCUGAGAUCAAAACUGAUCGUAACUAA